CAACAUUUUCACAGGUAAUUUUCUCACUCAAAUAACAUUCACUCUUUUCUUUUCUUUUUUUCAUGUAAAUGAAUAAUCCCAACUUGUUAUAGCUUUCUUUAUUCUCUCUUUUUCUCUGCUAUCGUGGUGCUGGUGGCCUGUAAGGAAAUUGACCAAAUUGGUGUUGUUUCAGAACUUGAUUCAUGAACUCAAAACACCGUUGCUGAUGGCUUUCGGGCUGUGGUUCACAUUGUUUGAGCUUUUACUCAAGUUGUUUCUUAUCUUAGCCUUUGUGAAAAAGGGCAGUGCGGGAAUUACAAGUACUUUUACUCGUACGAAAUGGCAAUCUUUUGAUAUCCCUCUUGACCAUAAAGUACUUGCAAUUCCUAAUGGUUACAAUGCUCCGCAACAAGUGCAUAUUACUCAAGGUGACUAUAAUGGAAAAGCUGUAAUGGUAUCAUGGGUUACUGCUGAUAAACCUGGGUCUUCUAGAGUACAGUAUGGCACAUCAGAGAAGAAAUAUGACUUUAAAGCUGAUGGCACAGUGGCUAAUUACACCUUUUACAACUAUAAAUCUGGCUAUAUUCAUCACUGUCUUGUUGAUGGUCUAGAGUAUGAGACCAAGUACUAUUACAAGAUUGGUGAAGGUCAUUCAUCUCGAGAAUUUUGGUUUCAAACUCCUCCAAAGAUUGACCCGGAUUCUCCUUUUACAUUUGGAAUUAUUGGUGAUUUGGGUCAAACAUAUAAUUCUCUUUCAACUCUGGAGCAUUACAUGCAGAGUGGAGGACAAACCGUCUUGUUUCUUGGUGACCUCUCUUAUGCUGAUAGAUACCAAUACAAUGAUGUUGGUAUUCGAUGGGAUUCAUGGGGCCGCUUUAUUGAGAGAAGUGCUGCUUAUCAACCAUGGAUUUGGUCAGCUGGGAAUCAUGAGAUAGAAUACAUGCCAGAUGUGGGAGAAGUCCUUCCUUUUAAAUCAUUCCUUCAUAGAUUUAGUACACCGCAUUUGGCUUCUAGAAGCAAUAAUCCUCUCUGGUAUGCUAUCCGACGGGUAUCAGCUCAUAUUAUUGUCCUCUCCAGCUAUUCACCCCAUGUGAAAUACACUCCUCAAUGGCUGUGGCUAAGAGAUGAGCUCAAAAGAGUGGAUAGAAAGAAGACACCCUGGCUUAUUAUUCUCAUGCAUGUCCCCAUCUACAAUAGUAACCAAGCUCACUUUAUGGAGGGUGAAAGUAUGCGAGCUGUCUUUGAGCGCUGGUUUGUUCGUCAUAGAGUUGAUUUCAUCUUUGCUGGUCAUGUCCAUGCCUAUGAAAGAUCGUAUCGCAUCUCAAAUAUCCGUUAUAAUGUAUCAAGUGGCUACCGCUAUCCUGUGCCUAACAAAUCAGCUCCAGUGUACGUAACAGUUGGAGAUGGAGGAAAUCAGGAAGGUCUUGCUGGAAGGUUUCAGGACCCACAACCAGAAUAUUCUGCAUUCCGCGAAGCCAGUUAUGGUCAUUCAACAUUGGAGUUAAAGAACCGAACCCAUGCAUUCUUGAACUGGCACCGAAAUGAGGACGGCCAAAAGGUUCAUGCUGAUUCCGUAAUAUUCCUCAAUCGACACUGGGCAAGCAAUCUGCGAAGAAGAAGACUCAAGAAGGAUCGACUUAAGGCCAGAGGAAAAAUUGAUUUCUGAACUCAUUCCAUUAAGCUUUGUUCAUCCUUUGAGUCCAUUAUAUGGCAUUGGCAUCAUCUGCAUAUCCCCUAGUGCAUGACUGGUCUCAUGAAACUCUUCCAGUUUCGAGUUCAUGAUCCCAUCGCUAUUGGCUUAGAUUUCAAGCAAAGAGACGCAGUCUGAAGGCCUUCGAUAGCAGCAUUUGUAUUACAGAGAGCAGCAGUUUUACCAUCAUCUUCAUUGAAUACUUGGUUAGUCAAAUGUAUUGUCUUGUAAAUGUCAAUAUUUUUACAUUCAAAUAAUAAAAUUAAAAUGUAAUCUCUGCAUCAUUUGUUGCAAACAACACAACACUCUUUGUAGCUACACCCACAAUGAAAUGAUUUUAUCUUUUUGAUGAAA